AAAUUGGGGAAAAGACGACGACUUAAACAUCUAGGAUCUCUUCGCCGAAGAUUAUCAAUCGAUCGUGUCUUGUCGUUUGUUUUCGUCUUCUCCAAUCAAAUUUUGAUCGAAUUCCCUUCGUCUUCUCCGCCACGCCAAAUCGCUCCGAGUUCCGAACCAGUUUCUGUUUGGUUUCGCCGGAGAGAGUCAAUCACAAAAGGAUUGGUUAAGCUGAGAAGUCAAAUCGUUUAUAAUGAAUAAUCUCUUCGUAUAAGUGGAAUCAAUCACAAAAGGAUUUGUUCCACCUGAUUAGUCUAUGUCCUGUGUCUGUGUUGAUUGAUAAAUUGGCAUAUCCGACGUUUUCAUUGACUGUGAGGUUUUAUAUCUGAAAUGUUUUUGGAACACAAAAUUGGCAUAUCCGGUGCAGUAUGAAACUCAUGAGCCUGCUCGAGGAAGUCAGCACAAUUCUUCUUUACUUGCUGCAGAUUUCACAUUUCACGACAGUAAACGGUUGAAUCCUGCACUAGAACAAAGUUUUCAGAUGCAGAGUUCUAAUACAUUCUCCAACAUUAUGGUGAAUCCUCAGUCAAUGCCUAGUCCAUCUUCACAAGGUCGUUGGCCAUCAACUUACAUGACUGAGCAGCCAGCAGGCACUAAGAACCGCUACUAUGUUUGUACCACACUGGAACCAACAAGCCAUGAACCACCAUUACUUACUUGUUUCCAUGGCAGAACAACAGCUCCUACAUGCCACCACCAUCACGAUUUCAGCAACGUGGUGGUCAUAACAACAACACUUACCACCAUCAGCCUUUGGCUCCAAUGCUUCGUCCUGAGUAUAGAAACAUUCAUAUGCCUCAAUCACCUGCCGCUAUUGCUCCUUAUGGCCCAGAGUUUGUAAUGCAAAACAUUAGAGCAUAGGAUAUAAUAUCUAUCUAUAUCUUAUAUUCAUUUUAAGUUGAGAAAUGAAGAGUUUG